AUGGGUCAACAAUUAUUCAAAGUUCAUCUAAACAUAGAUGACAAUAUUCAAGUCGAUUCGGAUACAAUUUUAUCAAUGGCUAAUAAAUAUGAUAUUAGUUUUUUUUUUCCAUUAAAAUCUUCUGAUACAAAAUUGGAUUCAACUGAAUUGAAUAAUGAUAAACAAAUUUCGAAUACUCAAACUGAAUUUGUUUUACAAAUUCGAAAUGAUUUAGCUUUAUUAACAAAAUUAGUUGAAUGGGAAAGAAUUAAUACUGAAAUAAAUGAUAUACUUAUGAAUAAUGUUUUUACCUUUUUGGUUGAUCAGAAUAAAAAAGUAAUGGAAGAAAUUAAUAAUCGUUUAACAUACAAACAACAUUUGCAAACAUUGUUUAUGAAAAAACUUAAAGAUGAUACUUAUGACAAUGUAUCUAUUCUUUCACAUUCAUUAACAGAUUGUUCAUCGGAAAAUGCAACUACAUCAUCUACUCAAACUGAAGAUCAUCAUCAACAACAAAACACUAAACAUCAAUUUAAACAAUUAUCUUAUUUUGCUAUUCAAUCAUUAACAUCGUUCUUAUUUAUACUAAUUAAAUCAGCUGAAAAAAAUGAUCCGACAAUUAUACAUGAAAUAUUAACAUUAGCAAGUCAAUUAUGUGAACAACUUCCCAUGAAAUGUUUAUCUUCAACAAACAGUUUCUUAUUCAAAUCAUUAAAACCAUUGAUAGAUUAUAUCCAUGAAUUAUCUUCGACAGCAGAUCCUAUUAUUUCAAAACAAGCAUUGAAAAUUCUACUGCAUUUUUCCAUUGUAAAAGGAUCGUUCAAAGAUAUAUUUUCUUUAUUAAGUAAACUAAUAUUUAACACAACUGAUAUUUAUAAUGUUCAAGGCUUAGUCAUACAAUUAAAUAACAAUCUUACAGAAACUCUUAAUCAAUGGGAAAAAGAAAAACAGACUUCAAUUAGUGAAGAAAAAUCUGACUCUAAGAUCGACAAUGGUGAUAAUACAAUAUCGAAAGAAAUAACAAGUAAAAAAAGAAUCAUUUGUAUAUUUUCUUCAUUUGUCUCUCUAUCCUAG